CCUGGCAAGGGCCCCUAUCACGGCCCCAUCGUGCACUGCGCCCUUCUGGGCUCCUACGUGCACCGUGUGUGGAGCGAGAUGGCCGAGCAGGUGGACGGCGAGGGGCGCGCGGCAGCACGGCCGCUGCUCACCGACCUCUACCAGGCCACUAUGGCGCUGGGCUACUGGCGCGCGGGCCGGGCGCGCGAGGCCGCUGAGUUCGAGCUCUUCUUCCGCCACUGCCCGUUCGGCGGGUCCUUCGCCCUGGCCGCGGGCCUGCGGGACUGCGUGCGCUUCCUGCGCGCCUUCCAGCUGCAGGAUGCAGAUGUGCAUUUCCUGGCCUCGGUGCUACCCCCAGACACUGACCCAGGCUUCUUCGAGCACCUUCGGGCCCUUGACUGCUCCGAGGUGACUGUGCGGGCCUUGCCAGAGGGUUCCCUGGCCUUCCCUGGUGUGCCGCUGCUGCAGGUGUCAGGGCCGCUCCUGCUCGUGCAGCUGUUGGAGACUCCGCUGCUCUGCCUAGUCAGCUAUGCCAGCCUUGUUGCCACCAACGCGGCUCGACUGCGCCUGAUCGCAGGGCCUGAGAAGAAGCUGCUGGAGAUGGGCCUGCGCAGAGCUCAGGGUCCAGACGGGGGCCUCACUGCAUCCACCUAUAGCUACCUGGGUGGGUUCGACAGCAGCAGCAACACCCUUGCUGGGCAGCUUCGAGGUGUACCUGUGGCAGGAACCCUGGCCCACUCCUUUGUCACCUCAUUUUCAGGUAGUGAGGUGCCCCCUAACCCGAUGUUAGCUCCAGCCACUAGUGAGGGCCCCACAGUGGACCUGACUGUAAGUGUAAAGUUGUGGCUAGAGCGAGUGUGCACUCAUCUGGAGCUGGAGGUGCAAGAGCCACACCCUGGAGAACGAGCAGCUUUUGUGGCCUAUGCUCUAGCCUUUCCCAGGGCUUUCCAGGGCCUGCUCGACUCCUACAGUGUACUCAGGAGUGGUCUUCCCAACUUCCUGGCAGUAGCCCUGGCAUUAGCGGAGCUGGGCUACAGGCCAGUGGGCGUGAGGCUGGACAGUGGUGACCUUCUUCAACAGGCUAAGGAGAUCCGUGGCAUCUUUCGAACAGUUGCUGCUCAGUUCCAGGUGCCCUGGCUGGAGUCUGUUCCUAUCGCAGUUAGCAACAACAUUGAUGAGAAGGAGCUGGCCCGACUGGCCCAGGAGGGCAGUGAGGUGAACAUCAUCGGCAUUGGCACCAGCGUGGUCACCUGUCCCCAACAGCCUUCUAUGGGCUGUGUCUACAAGCUGGUGUCUGUGGGAGGCCAACCUCGAAUGAAGCUGACAGAGGACCCUGAGAAGCAAACACUGCCAGGAAGCAAGGCCGCCUUCCGGCUCCUCGCCUCCGAUGGGUCUUUGCUACUGGACCUGCUGCAGUUGGCCGAAGAGCCUCCACCCCAGGCUGGGCAGGAGCUGAAGGUUUGGCCUCCAGGGGCCCAGGAGCCCUGCACAGUGAGGCCAGCCCAGGUGGAGCCACUGCUGAGACUCUGCCUGCAGCAGGGACAGCUGUGUGAACCACUUCCAUCUCUGGCAGAGUCCAGAGCAUUCGCCCAGAAGUCUCUGAGCCACCUCAACCCUGCCUACAAGCAGCUGCAGAGCCCUGCAGUGUAUCAGGUGGUAAGGUCAGAAAAGCUUCAGGCACUGGUGAACAGUCUGAGUGCCAGAGGUCCCUUGUAAGAAUCACAGGUGCCAGGUGUGGUGGCGCACACCUUUAGUCCCAGCAGAGGCCAGCAGAUUUCUGUGAGAUGGAGGCAAGCCUGGUCUGCACAGUGGACUCCAGGCCGGCUGUGGCUGUAGGGAAACCCUGC